AGAAUAUUCCGUUCUUUCUAUUUUCCGGUGUUGACCUCAUCUUAUCACUCAUGAUCUUGACUCUACAAUGUCUAAUUAUUUGAGCAGUCGUGAUGCCGGUGAUCGAUCACGUGAUCGUGAACUCCAGGCCAGGGCCAGGGCCCAGAUGUCAUCUAUGCUGGCCGAGCCCGAGGAGUCGUUCAUGCCCGUCUUUGACGCGCCCGUCCGCCUUCGGCCGUCUUCAGAUGACCCGACGCAUCAGAUGAUUGUCAAGACGCUGGGCCGGUACGCUCCGUCGAUCAUAGAAGAUUCCAAAUAUUUGAUCGGAGUGUACCAAGAACCCUCUACACCCCUACCGAGUCGGGAACAUCAUGACCCACCCGACACUCCACCUCCACCAUCGAGCAGUAGUAGCCGGCCAGAAUUCGCUACACCUACCAAGCCGGCCCCGUCCUCGGGUCUGGGUCAGGGACACUCUCACCAACGGCUCUCUUCAUCGGGCGGUAAUCUGAUGAAACCUCCGUCGCACGCUGCACCGCAUGUUGCUCAUCAAAGAAGUUCAGCUCCGCCCGGCCGGUCCAGCAGUAGUAAUAGUAAUACUACAAGUAGUAUGACGGGGUUACACAAGGCUCCUGGACCUGGCCCCGGUGGAGGAUAUCAUAGCGGUGCGUCUUCGUCUUCUUCAUCAUCUUCAUCCUCCUCUUCCUCAUCAUCAUCGUCUACCUCUUCAUCGAGGCAGCGUCCGCCAAUGAACAAUGCUCGACCCCAUCCACCAAAGUUGAGUUUCAACAAUCCUCCUCCGUCGACACCGGAAGGACCGGAUGUCCAUGAUAUCCUCAAGGAGAUGAAAUCGGCUGCUGUGACACCGUUAACGGCCUUUGCUGCCACUCCGCGCAAAGAAGUGGAUCAUUUCGAUUUCGGACACCCACCGCCGAAGCGGAUGCCUUCCAACGGCGGGCUAAUGGAUGAUUUGAGCAUCUCUGAUAGCGAUCAGGACUCUGAGGCAGAAUCUUCGAUCAAGAUUCCCGCCGCUGCCACCACCUCAACUGCCCCAGUUCUCAGCCCACUGCCUUCCAGUCCGAUGGAACCAUUGAUGAACAGUCCACCAAGACCUCGUUCGCCACUCUCUGGUCCUGCUACAGCCGCUCCUAGUGAGGCUGAAGAUUCAGAUGACGAUUCCAGUUCGGAAUCGGAGGGUUCCAGUUCGGAUUCUAGCUCUGAGGGUGAACAUGUUGAGCCGGAAACAAAACCCCCUCACGUUUCUCCGCCUAAACAGCCACAGCAACAACAGCCGGCCAAUACUCCCAGCUGGAGCUUGAAAUCGUUCCUGCCCAUCAAUCCUCCUAGCAGCAUAUUCGAAGGCACGACGAGGGGCUCGGACGUUUCGCAGUCAGGCCUUGAUCAAAUCUCAUUGGAUCGAAGGGACACCCUGGGCGAUUCGCUUCGUCGUCCCGACGAUGACGACGAUGACUUCUUUGGCAGCUCGGCAGGUCUUCGAUUCGACAGCCCAACUCCCGCCUCCGAGCUGGAGGACGGACUGUUCAAAGGAGACAAGAACGCGACGACAUCGUCCGUAGCCAAAGUGACUUCAGAUAGCGACUCUGAGCAGCCGGACGUCAAUUCUGCCUUGUCCAAAAUGAUUGUGCCCGAGAACAUAUUGUCGGAGAUGUCCGACUCGGAGGAUCACUUUACACCCCGGCCUAACUUGCCUUCAUCUGGUUCGAAAGCGUCCACCAACCGGAGAGUCAAACAGUCCCAAUCUUCUAGUAAAAACAGUUUGAAUCGCUUGUCUCAUUCGGAGAGCAGCAGCAGCAGCGACGACGAGCGUCCAGUGCCAGAAGCGCGGCCACGACAGCCUGUCGUAACGGCCCCGCCAGCUUUGCCUGCUCCCGCUGCGCCAGUGGAAGCCCCUCCUAAACGAAGAGGGCCCGGCCGGCCGAAGAAACAAGUCAAUUCAUCUACUGCACCUGCUUCGGGCAAAGAAGCUUCCAAACGGCCAGGUCGGGCACCGAGGAAACAAUCUGCCAACGUCCAGGCUCCGAUAUCACGCGAGAUCCUGGACACGACCACGUCGUCGGUGAGCAGUUCAUCGUCGCCGUCCAACAGCGAAGUCGACGUCGAGAACACGCCGUCCCCUUUGAAGGCGAGAAAGCCGAGCCUGUCGGUGACGGCGACGCCUCCGACGACUCCGCGCAAAAACAACGUCCACUCUCAAAGUCCAUCGAAAUUGACGACGACCGCGAAAAUGCCCACGCCGCCGACGGCCGUGGCCAGCCGGGUCCUUUUCCCGUCUCGCAGUCGGAGUAGGAGCAGCAGCAGCUCGAGCAGUAGUCGCAGCAGCUCGAGCAGCAGUUCGAGCAGCAGUUCGAGUAGCAGCAGCAGCAGCAGUUGCAGAUCGAUGCCCAGCGGAGGUGGCAAAGGCCAGCCGCGGCCGAGAGACGAAGAUCUGCAAAAGGAUUACAGCCCACCCAAGCUGGACAUGGAUUCGAAACCGAACUCUGAUCGUAAAUGUGCUCUGUUUAUGAAAAUCUAUCGACCGACUGGGGCGAAAGGAAGACAAGAUCGCGCGGCGGCGCCCGAUGCGGCCGUUCCGACCGCUGGUGGCAAAGGUGUGAAGGGUAAACUGGAACCGAAGAAGGUCGUGAGUGAAGUGGCGGCCAGUCCCAAAGCACCGGUGGCACCGACGCCUCCGCCACCGGCUAAAGUUGCACCGGCCGUUCCGUACGUCAACGGCCGGCCUAGUUUGAUGUGUCAAGUACCUCUAAGCAAAUUGGCCGCUCCUGUCCGUCCGCCGACGCAGGAGAAGAUGCCCGAACGGCCGGUGGAGAACAAAACGAGAACUCCAGUGCCUAAACGUGAGGCUGAGAAAUCGUCGACGCCCAGCAGGUCGUCAUCGAAAUCUUCCAAGCGACGAUCGAGCAUCAGUUCGACGUCGUCCGUCUCUGUGCCGCCGCCGGUGGACGCAACGCCAUCGCAUCGCAAGGAGAGCAAACGGAAACGGAAGGGCGAAGGGGACGAUGCGGCCGAGAUUCAAGCGGGCAAGGCUCAGAAGAAGAAAAGCAGGCGGAAACGCAGCACGGAAGAAGAGGAGGACGAGGCUGGCCCUCUCGCUCCGGUCGUUCCUACACCCACACACAUUCCGUCCGUCGAUGUCAAGUCUUGUCUAUCUCCAUACGAUCCAAGAAAUGCCUCACCAGCACCACCGCCCAUGAUGCGCAGCCAACAGCAAACGCAGCCGGGCACCAGCAUCGUGUAUUUUAGUUAUUUCGAGGAACCGCCAGCACAUCAGCUGGAACAGGAAGAUCGAGAUCAUAAUCAUUUCCUCAGUGAAGCUAAAGCUCUCAAACACGCGGCCGACAAACAGCAAACGGACCGGACCCUGCAAGCCGUUCAAUAUUUGGAAGCUGUGCUGUUUUUUAUCCUGACGGGCAACGCUAUGGAGCACGACCGGAUGACGGAGAAAGCAGCUUUUACCAUGUACAAGGACACGCUCAAUCUGAUCCGUUACAUCUCGUCCAAGUUCCGGCAUCAGCCUCAGGCCGGCUCCCAAUCGGCCAACAUUGACGCCAAGCUUCAAAUCCUGUCGCUACGCUGCCAGUCGCUCCUCUACCUCAAACUCUUCAAAAUGCGGCGGCACGAGGUCAAAGAGUUCUCCAAGGUGCUCGGAGAUUAUCACGCCAAGGCCACCACAGUGGCGGUGACGUCUCCGGCAAUGGGCGGAGCCUCUGGCAGUGGAAUUGCCUUGGAUAUGCAUGGACAGGCUAAUGCCGGUGGAGGUGUUCUUUACCGGACCACCGGGACGCCUUCUCCACUCUCACCUACUCCGUCACCAGCGGGGUCGGUUGGCUCAGUGGGUAGCCAAUCGUCGGGCUACAGUAGUGGCGAAUUAGCACCCGGUCAACCCAACAGUGGCCAGGUUGGUCAGCAACAACAACGACCCCAACAGCUGGCCAACAGUCAACCGCUAGCCAUGUCGACGCCCAAUCACCUCAAUGCUGGCCCGUGCGUUUCGGUACCGCUCGGCGUGCACAGUGUCAUGCAGAAGCAGAAUCAGUACUUUAGCUACCUGUGCACUUGCCACGAGCUCUGGGAACAGGCGGACAAUCUAGUACAAAGAGCGCAAGCUCAAGAUUUUUUUAUCCAGCUGGAUCGGCAAUGCGGGCCGCUCACAUUUCACAGUUCCUUAAGAGACGUUGUCCGCUACGUCCGGGCUGGUGUUCAACGACUGCGUGACGCCUACAUUCAACCGGGUCGGUAGCCAGCAAAAAAAAAAAAUAAGAGAAAAA